AUGAUCUACUCCCCGAUAUCCAUCCACAUCGUCCUCAGCUUAAUAGCCGCCGGGAAGAACUGUCCCCAGUUUCUUUCUUUUCUCAAGUCCAAGUCCAUCAACGAUCUCAACUCCCUCGCCUGCGAUCUCGUCACUUCCGUUUUGGUCGAUUCACCCACUAGAGGUGGGCCACGUUUGAACUUCACAAAUGGCGUCUGGGUCGACAAGUCUGUUCCUCUGCAGGAAUGUUACAAACAGGUGGUGUUGGAUUCUUACAAGGCGGCUCUGAACCAAGUCGAUUUCAAAACCAAUAUAGAACAAGUGAGAAUUCAAGUGAAUUCAUGGGUCGAGAAAGAGACGAAAGGCCUCAUCCCUCAGAUUCUUCCUCCCGGCUCAGUCAACAGUGGGACGAGUCUCAUCUUUGCAAACGCCUUAUACUUCAAAGCAACUUGGGGCGACACGUACUUUAAUGCAUCGAAGACAAAAGAGCAUGAGUUUCACCUUCUGAAUGGGGACUUGGUUAAGGGAGUGCCUUUCAUGACCAGCAAGUAUUGUCACUCAAUCGGUACCUUUGACGGCUUUAAAGUCUUGAGACUUCCUUUCAGGACGUAUGACCAUGAUGACUUAUUAAGGGAUUGCCCACGUAACCGUAAAUACGACCCCCGGCAGUUCUCUAUGUUCUGGUUGCUUCCGGAUGCAAGAGAUGGGCUGCCGGCUCUGGCCGAGAGAGUUUGUUCCGAAGCUGGGUUUCUAGAUCGCCAUAGAUCGUGUGGGAGUGUUAGGGUGGGGGACUUCUUGAUCCCAAAGUUCAAAAUUUCUUCCAGGUUUGGAGCUUCGGCUGUUCUAAAGAAAAUGGGGCUGGGGGAUGUUUGUAAUUCAAUGGAGAUUGUUCACGAAUCUGUAAUAGAGGUUGAUGAAAAUGGCACAACAGCUGCAGCUGCAACUUGUGGUCAAUUGUGUUUUAGCUCAGGCAAACACUAUGAGCCUAAAGAAAAGGUAGACUUUGUGGCUGAUCACCCCUUCAUGUUUCUGAUAAGGGAAAACAUGACGGGAACAGUGCUGUUCAUGGGGCAGGUGCUCAAUCCUCUUGCGGGAUGA